UCUCUGUCACCAGAUCAAUGGCGGCUCCUCGACAUCGUUACUGCCGCCUUCUUUGGUAUCGUCCUUCCCUUCACUCCCCUCGGCGAUUCUAUGGCGGCGUCUGGUCAGCAACUUUGCCUAGACAAACCGCCGCCUCCUUCAUCGUUCGAUGACGACGCCAAGGAGUUGACGCAGGCAGAUCAGGAGACCGCAGGGAAAGUGGUUUCUCAGGUUGGAAUUCAUGAGUCUAUGGCUUCGAUUCUGAAAGACCUUGAGAGGUUCAGACCCAAGAGAGCGGCUGUGUUGAUAUGUAUCUUCGAAGGAGACGAUGGAGAUUAUGUACUCAUAUUCGCUAAGAGGUCUUCCAGAUUGUGUACUCACUCGGGUUUGUGCUUACUUCUCGUUUUGGUUUUAUUUGAAGUAGAACUGGAUUCAGAAAUCAUUUAUGCGCAUUCACAUAAGAUUAGAAGGGAUGGAGAAGUUUCAGUGCCAGGUGGUAAAGCGGAGGAAGAUGAUGGGAUGACAGCAACCAGAGAGUCCGAGGAAGAGAUUGGAUUGGAACAUUCGCUUGUUGAUGUUGUCACUUCUCUCAAACCAUAUGAAACAUGGUCUUAA